GGACUUUCACAACACCGCAACACCGAGAUACGUCAAUUGAACACAGCUCGAGAAAAGUGGGCUGGUAAAAAUGUCCAGCACGACAACGACGGCAGCCCCAGGCAUCUGCGAAGAAGCACCUGCAUUGGCCAAGGUUGCAAACGGCAACAACGCGCCAACUCCUGUGAUCACGCAUGUGCUCAAGAAGAAGGACACGCUCGGAAUGUGGCCGCAGCGCCAGAUCAAAAGAGGUGUCGGUGGUGAGAAUGGGCAGGCAGGAAGGGAAGAAGGUCGGAAGUCAAAGGCACUCGAGAUAAAAAGAUGGCGAAGGGUAAUGCUGUAGCAAAAAGAUAGCACAAUGCCGGAUCAGAACUGUAGGCGAGCAGCACCUGUAAUCAAACCAGCGGGCCCCCUCCAAGACACGUCACAAAUCAACGAUGUCAACAUGCCUACUGGGCUUCGACCUGACACACCUCCGAAGAAGUGCUGCUACAGAAAAUCAGACAGGCUGAGGUCUGGGGAGACAAUCAACGGAUGUUGAACCUUGACAAAAGGCUUGACAAUUCUACCACGACAUUCACAGGCCCUCCCGCGGCGUCAGCCGACCCGGCAGCACGCAUUUCCGGCAAAAGCGCGCUGGCAAAAGGUUCAACACGAUGACGACGGGGUCUUCACGCAAAAGCUGUGACGACUUGCUAUCCGAAGGCAUUCGGGAUCUUCUUGGAUUGGGCUCUUUGCAUGGC